AGUGCGCCGUCUGGUUGCCUUUUCUAGCAUCACAGCGCAGCACCGUGGUUUUAAUAAAGCCCUUUUGAUGUUUAUAAGGGUAUAAAACCGUGAAAAUGUCCGCUGGGGUCCAGCUGGAGAACGCUAACCCGGUGAUCUUCCAGCGGUCCGGGGAGAGGCUGCCUACGGCGAGCGAAGAGGAUGGAGACGUUCACGACCCCAUCGACGACCGCGAGAUAUUCGAUCUGAUCCGAUCCAUUAAUGACCCGGAACAUCCGCUGUCUCUGGAGGAGCUGAACGUGGUGGAGCAGGUUCGGGUUCAGGUCAAUGAUCCAGAGAGCACGGUGAGCGUGGAGUUCACUCCCACCAUACCGCACUGCAGCAUGGCCACCCUCAUUGGCCUGUCAAUCAAAGUCAAGCUCCUGCGCUCCUUGCCUGACAGGUUCAAAAUCGACGUUCACAUCACUCCUGGAACUCACGCCUCAGAGGAAGCAGUGAACAAACAGCUGGGGGACAAAGAGCGCGUGGCGGCAGCUUUGGAGAACUCGUCUUUGUUGGAGGUGGUCAACCAAUGCCUGUCCAGCAGAACCAUCUAAUCACUCAGUUAUCUAGCUUUAGAAACCAGGACCGCUUGAUAUUUUCUUUCUUUCUCCAUGACAUCAUCCCCGACCUGGAGCUGCUGCUGGUACUCAAAUCCAAA